GGAAUCAUGUCUUCCGACGCUGGCUAAUAAUUCAGAGAUUAGUUGUCAUUGUACAUGAAAACCUCACAAAAUUGCGGGCUUGGAGGGUACAAUGGUAACUGUCAGUUGAGGAGGACUUAGUUAUUAAUCACGAAACCUAAAUAUAUUGCAUUUUCGUUCUGACAUUUUCUGGAAGAGUUUUUCAAACACCUCGGCGCGUGGACAGGAACGGAGAAAGAAAGGUGUUCGAUUUCAGGUAACGAAAAUUAGGAUGUUUUUUCACAGAACUACAAUUAUUUCACGUUUUGAGUAAGUAACAACAAUUUAAAUUUGUGUUCAUGAAUUGAAAACUUUUGCUGUUUUGGUUUUGCUGAUCUUAGCUGACAUCUGCCACACACAAAAAAAAUAAUUGAAAAUGGCCUUCUUGAUAACAUCUAUUUCCUCUUGCAUAAUCCUCAUUGCCAAGUGCGGACUUAUUAAUUCUAGUAAGGACACAAACUACUUAAAAAGACAAGAACUUCUGGCAGUUUCGUUCUUUGCCUUACGACCUCCUUGUUUCUAUGCUGUAAUAAGAAGGAUUUAUUUUUCUGUUACGACUGUUCAAAAUGUGAUGCUUAAUUUCCUGCACGUAGUUAAUAGCGGUGGACAAAUUUACUCGUAGUUUCUCUCCCCUCGUCAUUCAACUGAAAAACCUGUAUUUCCCAAAAAGACAGAACCACUGGAAGGAGGGAUACUGAUCAGUUUAGAUUGAAUUGUUUGCUUUAAACUUUAAAUCCGGUUAAGACGCAUGGGCUGAAACAUAUCUUUUUUGUUAUCAGCCUUUUUUUGGAGGAGUCGUAAACUUGGAAAGAUUUCUUAUACACGAACACUUUUGCUAUAUGUUAGUGCUAUCGGUUGCAACGCAAAGGACACAGAAAACUUCUCAAAAACGCUUAAUUUACCAUAAAUUUUGUAUGAGUGUUGGAAUAGGCAUCUAUACAAUCCGCAUUUAUUAAACUGGUUCCUUUUUUUUUUAAAGAGAGAGAUUUUCGAAGUCUCACCGUAAGCUUCUAAUUUGUCUGAUGACGGUUAAAUUUCACAAUCCUGAAUAAGCCCGAAUGCUUGUUCGUGCGUUGAGGUUCACUACGGGACGCAAUUGAACCCGGUCGAUUCUAGAUAUCGGUAGGUGGCACUGAAGUCCCUUACUCGUUUAGAACAUCGUUAUAUAAUCUGAUGGGAAGAGUGGGAAAGUGGCACUGCCCUGCAAUAGAAGUCGAGACAGGCUUUCAUUUGCAAAAAAUCUGCCCUAACAAGUAGCAUCGACAGACCUCUCGUUUUAUCGCAAAGAUUACCACGGUUUUUUUCCUUUUUUUUACGGAAGGCUGACAAAUUCCGUAGGGAUUUUCAUUUUUCUGAUCACAACUUGAAUUACACUUGAACUUGUCAUCCAGUCUGACAUGAGCAAGUAUUGUUUUCAGUGUAACUAUACUGUUGUUGAUUGUCAGUGUAACAUAACUAUCACAAUCGUCCAGAGCAAAUUCUGUAGGAUGUUGUCAUGAUGGAUGUUAUCAUGAUGAUGCAAAACGAGAAGAGAUUCUGGGAUGAAACAUAAACACCUGUGCAACAAAGGGCAGUGCGAGUCAAUGCCUUUGAUUUGCUUCUAGAAGGAAGCGGUGAGUGGAGUUUUCAAGAAUAUACACGUUCCCACGCUUGUAAAGCGUAAGCUCAUCGGACAGAACAUUUGCAAAUUCCGAUUUUUUGUGGUCAUUCUUAGAUUCAACAGGUUGAUCUAGCAACAAAAAAAUGAAAACCUUGUAAAAAUCAUAGAAUCGGUUAAGACGCGUAUUGUCUUCAUAGACAAAGUUUUUGAACUUCAUCCAAACAUCAUCAGCACCAACGAGGGAUUUUUAUGUUCUCUAGGCGCCAACUAGAACGAAAAAUCAGUGAUUGACCAUUUAUGAAAAGAAAGCAUUUGCAAGUUCAAUUCUUUACUACAAGACCAGGAAAUCGAGGAUUCUUAGUUCUGACCUUCCUUCGAAUUAAGCAUUCUAACAUUCUUGAAACUCGUGUCUCAAGCUUUUUUUUAUGGUAAUUCUAUUAUGCUUACCAAGAAGUUGACUUAUUGAGAAGCAAAUGUCAUUCCUUAGCUAUUUGACAUAGUUGGAGAAUUCUUCAACGGAAAUACUCACGGAACUUAGUUUUACAGACAACAGCUUGCUUAGACUGUGAAUUUUGAAGCUGAAUAGAUGCCUAAAAUAAUAUUUCGAGGACAGAUCUAAAUUUUUCGAGUCCUAAGGAGGAGCGGGGGGAGGGAGGGAGGGCGGCUUGGAGGAUUUUGUGGGGGAUCGCAAGGUUCAUAGAAGGAACUGAGAGGAGAUCAGUUUACCUGCAGGUAAAUUUUAAUUUGAUUCAACCAAAACCUUCGACUCCGACCCCUCCCCCCAGGGGAUAAAUAGUGAAGAGUCCUUCACCAAAGUUGGUCUUGAUCAUUGGAUUCUUUCCCACCCCAUUUCCUUAGCUAUGACAUCGUAAAGAGCAUGUCUGUUGCAGACACCUUUGUAAUACCUCAGUAACUAACUUUUAAACACAAGGUUUGACGAAAACGAACUUUUUCGCUUUGGACAAAUAACCAAUCCAUUUAUUAUCAAGUAGGCAAAUUAAAACGUUUAACCUCGGUAUCGAAUAAAAUUUUAAGCUGCUACCGCGUUUGUAUAAUCAGAAAACUAUCUUGCAAAAAUUAUCCUUGUAACAGAGGUAACUUGGUAUCGGAAGAAUUAACAAAGACGCCUUUUUGGGUUUAGGAACAAUGAAGUUAACAAUUCUAUCUUGAUGUCGAGAUAUCUAUUAUUGUUUGUUUUGCAUUUACUUUGUUCAAUUUUGUUUAUUGUCUCAACAUUCUGGAUGGUUGCAAUGCGAUAAAUGUAGUUUUACAAUUCAAAUUAGGCCACAAACUUUCCUGAGCGACGUUAUCGAUAACUCAAGCUUUACAGAAGGGAACAAAAAUGCGAACACGCGGGAUUAAUUUAACACGGUAAAGGACAGAGAGGUAAAGCUGUCUUUUUAAUUUUAGUAACUUCUUAACCUCUCUACAACGUUUAUAUUAAUCAAGUAGGGCAAAGUUUUGUUUUCGUUUUGUUAUUACGAAGGGUCAUGAGGCGAUUGAAGGUUAACCAGACUUCUGUGCCUCCAAAUUGUCUUCGAUUUGAAUUUUGUUAAAAGUUCUUAAGAUACUGUUGAAAAAGCGCUUCAAAAAUUAUGAAUUUCAUGACAAAUUCGAGCUCAUCUUCGAUCAUUUUGCAACAAGACCAACAUGCACACGGCUCGCACGAAGAGAAGCUAUGCCAACAGCGGGAGACUAACUGAAAUCAAGCUCAAUUUUCAACACUGUUGACUCCAAAAUGGGGGGUAUUAUAGGGUUCCGAACACCGCAAUAUCGCAAAAAAAAUUCGGCAAAUACCGCAAUAUUGCAAAAAAAAAAAGGUGCCAAAAUAACGCAACACUUCAAUACCGAGUCAAAAAUCGAUGUCACGCCGAAACCACUACUCUUUUUGUUACGUUUAGAGCAGAUAACACGGAAAUGGUAAUUAUAAGAAUUUGUUAGGUAAUUUUUGAUUUCAGCCUGUUUCUGAAACAAUUGGAAACUGGAGAAGACUUGAAAAACGGUGGAGGACUUGGCGGAUAAAUUUUAGCACACUCCAAAAUGCUAAAACUAAAACGGCAUCCAGCAGGUUCGGAGAAUUUAGCAAUACCGUAAUUCGAGAUUCAAAUUACCAAAAUAGCGCAAGAAAAAGUGUUUAAUACUGCAAACGCCAAAGUCCUCUCCAAAACUGGGUUGACUUUGGUCAGUGAUGGUUACGCUUGGAUUGAAUGAACAGAAUGACAACUCGAUUACGGCAAGUUGAAAACCUGCUACAAACCUAGUUUAGGGUCUCCUGUCGAAAGCGUUUUGGGUAAGCAGUAUUUCACUUUCAACUAUGUUUUGUAAGUCCUCUCUGAAUUUGGGGAACAACUGUUUUUACUUAGUAUCAAGAGUGAUGAACUCUGAUUCCUCUUUGUGAGGCAGAACCGAGACUACUGAGACCUCAGACCCCCUUAAAGUUUCCACCACCGUUAUUUUUUCAUUUGUUUCGCGAAAUUUAAUGAGUGAUCGAUGAAACACCAUGUUUACGAAAAAAGGACUAAACUCAAUUUAUACUGAUCUGGAGAGUUCACUUGAGGGAUGACGAGUCGCGUCAUUCCUGUGUUUCAUAGCGGAUGUGUUACCUGACACAAGGAAACCGCAUUCUCGACCACUGAAGGAACAGUCGCACUCGUUUAUCUAUAUAAAAAAGGUAUUUGUACACGCAACGAUUUCGACAUUACCUGUUGUAGGGGUAUACAGAAUUCAUGUCAGCUAUGAACUUGGUACAGAGGUCUAGCUUGUGGUGGUCCACGAUCAGUUGUCAGCGAUGCAAACUACCGGGCGUCAAUCGGAAGUUCUUAGGUUCCAAUCCACUUGAGGGUGUUCAAACUCUGUCUUUGUAAAGCCGUCGGUUUAACCCUUUUUUUUUUCUUAAUUUCAAAAGUUGUUUACUUAAACUUCUGAGAUUAAACAUUCGCACUCGUGUGUCACGAGUCUCCAAAUAUGGCCAAGAUCUCAGGCAAGACCUUGUGGCCGUCUUGUAUACUCUCAAAAUCUCUCCCUAACCACCCUUUAAAUGCGAACUAUGGGGAGUUAAGUUGUAAUUAAUGGUUAUCAACGGUUCCGAAGAUUGACACGUUUUAAGGCAGUGUAUAUCGGCUGCUUAUGCAAAUUUCUGGUGGAUUAUGCCCUGGCUUGCAAAAUUUCCGACUGUAAAGUAAGCAACAUCUACUCUCAGAGAGUUAAAACUGCCUUCUGAAAAUCCUAAAUGAGAAUUAGAGGAUCUCGGUGCCUUUGAGAUUGCAGUUGUAUAACAUACUGCUACGUUCGGUUUUCAGUAAGAAAGUCACACUAUCUGUAGGUUGAGUGUGGCAUAUCACGUUUUUUGUCGUAAUUAUCUAAGCUUUCUUCAGAUGGAGCGACUUCGAUUGUCAUACCUGGUGUUAUCUAUAUUUCGUCAGCUUUUAAUAACAGCUAGCUAAUACUCUCCUGGGUACAGACAAGCAUUAAUGAGAGAAAAUUAUCUUUUGCGAACACGAACGGGAAAUUAAAACUUGGCAGUGAUCGAUUACGGACAUCUUAAACUAAAUACCAUCCAUGUUAGGAAAUAUUUCGUGAAAAGCUCGAAAAAGGAGCUUUCGUUAUUAUUCGAAUAUUAGGCGAAGUUAGGGUUGGAACUUCCGGUUUUUUCCUUGUUCAAACAAUAAUUCUCAAGAUUUGAAACUUCCUGUUUGUUUGAUGGGAGAAUAGGUCCCGGUUUUGUUUACACAGUACGAUUUUUCACGUACAGCAACUGACACACGUGCAAGCUUGCACUGCCGGCAAGUGUGUAGCAAAUAAAACGAGAUCGUUUUAAUUGAGUCGUUAAGAAUACUAAAUCCAAUUUGAAGAAACGAGGCGACGUUACAAUAUCUCGUUGUAUAUUGGUAAGAAACGUUCUAGAAUUACUGUUGUUUCACCACUUGAUAUGGAGAGCUCUGCUCUUACGAUCUCCAACUCGUGCCAAUUGGAAGGUACUCAGUAGAUAAGUGGUUGAGGAGAUUACUUGUAUCGACAACCAGUUCAGUUAUAAUUAGUUUCUUCAGGGCAAGGAGAUCUUUGGUUCAUCUUGGUUAUAUACCAACGUGGGAAAGAUUCUUGGAGUUUCUCGCCAAUUUGCUUAGACUGAGGAAAGUUAAUACUCAAGUAAGUGUGCAUAUGUCAAGAGGUUCUUCAGUCAAGUAUCUCACGGUAUUUUGCUUUAUCCCUUGCAUCAGCGCUGAACAUUUCAAAAUUUCUCAAAAAAUCACCAAUCGUAGGAUGUUUAUGACUUGCUCGCGUUGAAGAUGAAACUCUUGUAUCCAUAGUUUCCAGGUUUUAAUUUUUGAAAGAUCUAUUGAAGGUUUCUUUUUUAAUUCUAGAAUCACGCAAGGAAAUAUUUUACUUAAUGGUGAGAUAGCGAAAGACAAACAUUGAUUUUAAAUACUGUUUACAAAGAACUGAGACGCCGGCCGCAACAAUGGGAGUUUUGGACUUAAGCAAGAUAAAAGAGAAAGUAGGCAAAGAGGUCAAAUUCCUCUUUUUCGUUUGCUGUCAAGUCCUCCAUUGUCUCGGUAUUAAUCAUCGUAAAUUUGUGUUGGCUUCUUCUUCAAGGUUGACAGUUUCCUUUCGUGUAUUGCAACUCUUAGCUUCUUUGAUCAUUUAUUUUGCCACUGCGUUGCUAGUGUUUAUCUAGUCUUUGAAGUAUUCAUACUAUCUUGAAAGUGAAGUUUUGUGUUGUUCUUUUUCUGUGUUGAAAUUUGUGGUCGCGGGAAUCUUUGGAGCUUGGAAAAUUUGGUUAGAUAGCGUUUUGACUAAUGGCGAGAGAGAAAUAUUCAGGGAAAGUAAUUUGGUUUCUAAUUGCGUAAAAGCUUCUCGCAAAGACGAGAAAGCGGCUUCUUUGUGCCGCAAUUUUUCUGAAUAUAUGAAUACUCUCAUUGUUAAAAACUUCUCUCCUUACUGUAUAAAGAGGCUAAGAUUACUUAGAUCGUUUAAAACUGUGGAACGAAAAUAGGUGACAUGGUCUUCGUAAAAACAAUUAAAAAGAUAUUCAUACAAUAUUCGUAUGGACUAAAAUUUAACACAUUAAAUGUAUUUUGGUUUUUUGAAAUGUUCAUAUAUAAACCCGCAGGCUGGCAGACAGGUAGUAUAUGGUAAAACAGUGGACAACGGUGAAGGCGCGCUCUGAUUGGCUACUCAAACUCCGAAUAUCCACCUCCGAGCAACUCGCGCGCAGAAUUUGCGCUUAAAAAUGUUGCAAUCAUUGCAGAAAUAAAUGAUGAGAUAAGAUCUUCUUCUUGUGCUAUAUUAAGUCAGUGUUUUAGAAUGUGCCAAAAAAGCUAUUCACAACGGUCGCGGUGACCAGCGGUGAAUAUUUACCGCGCCACUUCACACAACUCGGUAAAUAUCCGCCACUUGCAACCUCCACUUUGGUGAGUAAUUGAUAAGCGAUGACAACAUACGGCUUCGUGCAUGGCUUAGGUUUUAUCAACUUUUAUUAUCAGCCGGUAUCUGAAAGGUCAUGCGCUUUUCUUUCAACAGUUACUUAAAUUUCUCUCGAAGGUGAGAAAUUAAUUAUAAGUUAACGUACUUUCAGAUGCAUUAAAACUUAUAAGCUUGGUUCAAUCACAACAUUUAUUUUCGCUCUCUCUCUCGUUUUCAGUUUAAAGAGUCUCAAAUAUGCCUUGGUAUGACGAAGAUGAAGUAGAAGGUGAACCCAACGUGGCACAAACUCAUGAAAGACGGGAUCACGGUGUUACUGAGCCUCGAGUUCACUGGUGCGAAAGGGACCCUUACACUUGCACCUUGGAAAUAAGGCUCCCUCGAUAUGAGGUGCCGAAAUUAAAGUCUCUUUAUGGUCCCUUACUCCAAUGGAUUGAUCCCACAUUUCAGCUGCUUCACAUCGAAGAAAGCGAUAAAAAUUCGUUUAUCACGCGGUUUGAACAAGAUGACCCCAAAGGGAGAGGUAACGAGAGUCAUUUGGCUAAGGAACAAUUAAACACGCAAUCACUAAGCGUUGUGCUGUUUUUGCGCGAGGAGUCAAAGUAUCAGCUGAACGCAGGAUUUGCAAAAGGCUACCUGCAGUCUCCCCCUUGGGGCUUCCAUCAUAAGAUUGAAUUGGCCAACCCUAUGGACAUGCGCACUGUCGCUCGCCAAGAUUAUUACGGGUCGUCUCCAGACCUUCCGCUGUGGACUGUCAGUUCGGUGCAUUACGGAAACGAGCAACUCAGGUUUAACAUUUUCGUGAAAAAUUUUGAGAAAAUGAAAGAAUUUUAUAGCAUAUUGACAGGGUGUGAAACUAGUGCAAGUAAACCAGGAUUCUGCUCUUUUGAUCUGUACUCUCAACCGGGCCUUGAAAUAAAACUAUCCUUGAAGUAUUCGCCAUGUCUGCAACCCCACGCAUCAAGGCUCAGCGCGCUUAAAUUCAACAUCCGCAGUGUGCUUUAUGUCAAACAGAAACUUCGACUCGUGCUGACUCCAAACGGGGAAAACACGUGGCUGACUCGUGAUCCUGACGGUAACGUGAUUCUUCUGUCACGUGACGAGAAUGAUGUUUUUGAGGUGGGUGUCGCAGGACAGUCAACAGAAGCGUCCGACAGUGGACGGUGGAGCGAGACAGCCAGUGAAGAUUCGUCGUGGGAAAUGUGCAGUGACACGAGCUGUUCGAGUUUCUCGUGCGAAAGUGGCUGUGAAAGCGUGACGACAAGAAAUGAAGACGAAGAUAAAGAUUCUUUUUCGGUUUAG